UGUAGACAAACUUAAAAGCGCAAUUUUUAUUUUUAGCUUGAAAACAAACUAUCAGACGACGAGCUGUAUUAUUACAAUUCGCAGUUUACCGAUGCAAAUUCGUUUAUGCAGGGAUGCUAGAUUUAAAUUUAUCAUUUUAUCCUGUUUUGUCGGUUUCGGUUCACCAAGCGAACGUCUACCAUGGUACAUUUAAAAUGAAUGGGUUUUAUGACAAGGGUUAUUUCUUCGGUUCAUCGAUCGUAAGAGGUCGAAACGUUUGACCGUGAUAUAAUUUUAUACACGCUUGAUGGCUGUGUUAUCUGCUGUUUUAUCACGUUUAUUACUCAAACUUUAAAAUAAAAGUUUUCAAUAAUUUUUCAAAAGUUUAGUAUUAUCUUUGAAGGACCCAAUCUUUCACAGGAUCGAACACGGUUUUUUCCACACGUGUGUACACUUUACAGCGCUAUUGAAUAAAUUUCGAACCACCAUAAAACGAAAUUGAAAUAUCAUCUUUAAGAAUAUUAAUUUUGACAGAAUUUUGAACCAAUGUCCGUUAACUGUGGUUUAUUUUUUGUUAUAUUUUUUUUCUAUUGCAAAUUUUCUUUGACAGGAUUUAUCCUGUUGCAAUGUGUGCGGCAAUUUUUUUCGGUCAGCGGUGUUUAUAUUUCCCGCAUUCUGUUGUCAACUGAUUUACUUGAUAAAAUGCUCGCAAUAUGAUAUCGUCCUAAUUAAAAAAAACUUUCUCUUUCUAACUAUAUAUUUAUUCGAAACUUCGGAUUCUGGUUAAUACAUUGUUAUUCCUUACAUAAGCUUGCAGUAGGACAGGAUUAGAAAACAUCAUUAAUAGUUACAUGUCAAAGUAUGGACUAACAAAGUUCAGCUGCAUAGAACCAUGGAGUAAAUCACAGACUAUGAUAUAAAAAAUCUUGACUGUGAGGCUGCUGGUACAGAGCAUAUCUAUAUAGCAUGGACAACAAGCAGAAUUGGCAACUAUUCUGUUUACUUCUGUAAACUUCCAAGUUCAUCUUUCUGUCAAAAUGUUUCGGAGUUCAAGUUUGGUUGCACAAAGGAGGUUUUGCUGCCAAAUGUGAGACAGCAAUGUAAUAUUGCAGCAGCUGCUGCAUUUGAUCCAGUGGAUUUAUUCAACUAUUCUGUACAGAGUGUCAGUGGCAAUGGACCAAUGGUUACUGCAUUUAAAAGAUGCCUGCUGUCGGUAAAAAUGAAAUGCAGUCGUAUGACUGGACUUGAGUUGACUACUCCAAGCAGAGGAAGUCUUUGUUUGUCAUGGAAUAAGCCAGACAUGGGACAGAUGUCCAACCAGCUGUGCUACAAGAUCACUUAUGCACCUGUGGGAGCAAACUCACUACUUAAUUUAACUGUCACCAAGAUGAUUGAAGAUGCCUAUACUUACGACCUCCCCCCGACCUUAUCACCCUUCACAACAUACCAAGUGUUUGCACAGUGCUCUUUGAGCUGCAAAGGGGGCUGGGGUGAGGCUGCUGGGCCUAUCACUGGUACAUUACUAGAGGAAGCACCUUUUAUGCCGCUCAUGUUUGCCCCACCUGGUGAAGAGAAUAUCAACAGUAAGCUGAGGACUGUUGUUAUAAAUAUCAAACUUCCUCAGAAAAGUUAUUGGUAUGGCGUGAUUAGGGAAAUCAAGGUCACAUGUCUAGAAGAGUCUCUUGAUAACAGCACUCUACAGAAAUCAGUGAUCAGGGAGAACUAUACAGGAGGGGACACUGGAUACCAGGCCAUCACUCUAUCACCCCUACAGCGGCACAAGGGGUACACGGUGCACGCAGUGUACUGCAACAGUGCUGGGUGCAGCCCCCAGGGCGAUGGUCUCCAGAUCCCAUCCCAAGAUACAGACCCUCUGCCAUUCAAAGCUCCGUCACGCUCAUCUGGCCAAGCAUUGUUUGUAGGCGUCGGAUGCGGACUCGCUGUUGUUGCCGUUGUAAUCAUUGUUGUAUUAGUAUGUAGAUUCUGCCCUUUAGAAAGAAGAAGAAGAGGUCAAAGGAUUGAGGAGGUCUUCCCUUACCCGAUAGCGCCAAUGGUAUCAGAAGCCUCACUUCCGACCGGCAGUGCUAAUGAGUACGGCAAUCUGUACUCUGCCGCUGCAAGCGCAACCUCUCUAAACCGGUCAGUCUACAAUACAGACGCGAGUUCUCUUGUUUCUCAGCGAACUGAAGACCGACUUUCCGUCGAUGGAAGGGAUUUCUCUAAUGCCUCAGUGCGCUCUCUACGAAGCUGCAAUUCUCUGCCUUGCAUGACCGAAAACGAGCGUUCACGGAACGCUAUACCCGAGGAAGAGGGCCAAGAAGCGAGCUCUGGGGUUCUCCAUGAUGAUUGUUUUGGGCCUUCAUCCUUCGAUGUUGAACUCCCUUUAAUAAAAGUGAAUCUUAGGGACGAGGAUAAAAUGACUUGAUCCACAAGUAGGCGGCCAAUUUAAAGCGGCGGGGUACUCCACUAAUGUGUUUUGGACCGUCAUCUGUGGAUAAAGUUAGAGAACCUUUAAUGAGAUAGACCGUAGCAAAAAUGGAUAUACGUAGGAAACCAGUUAAUGUUGAAUGACUACAUCUUUUGUCCCCCUUUCCCUACUUCUUUGUACAGCAAGACAGUCAACUAUAAAGUCUUGAUAUUUAUAGCAGGGGGAGAAGAAAUUCUGUUAGUUGUCAACGAGUUACUGCGAGAAAAAUGUAGUUAGAAAUAACAUUACUUAAGGGGUCGCAAGAACUUUAAGUGAUGACAGAACCUUUUUUUUUGCUACAUGUCAACUGUUGUUGAUCCUGGUGUUUUUGUUGUUGAUAUUUUGUUGUUGAUAUUUAUGUAGCAUAUUACAUGUUAUUUGAUUCCUUGAUUUAUUUUAUUACAAAGCGAAUGCUUUCAUUGAUAGGAAAGGUAUCAUAGCAGAUGAAAGCUAUUUAUGUUAAUAAUUAUUUAUUAUUUCUCAAAUGUAUAAAAAGUGAUUUUCCAAGAAUAAUAAUACUCUUUUUAAGAUCUGAUCUUCUAGCUCGGAAAAACUGUGCAAACGAGUACAAAUUCACUUAAAAUCAAUUUAAAUCAUCCAAUCCAUACCACAAUAAAAAUAGUUUCAUUCGA